AUGUUCACUAUCGUGCAAGAACUCUGGAUCGCUCAAGCUGUUGACCAGUGCAAUCGACCAUUGGCUAUGAUAGCAUCAACAGCAACUUGCCAUCGUGUAGACAGCGGGUGCUCUUUUGCUACGCCGCAGGUAGUCACUCGAGCUGGGAGCACUCUGACCAGCCUGCUUGACUAG